AACCCGCUCCCCCCUUUUCGAUCCUUCUAAUUUAUUGGAAAAUAAAUAAAUCAAACCUCGCUUCUGCCCCAAAGCAGACAGAGAGGAAGCCGCCAUUGACAACAACGGAGUAUCUUCUUCACUCUCAGCGAUAUCAGUAGUAAAAUAUGGCGUCAGUCGAAACGAGUCAAAGAAUAAGCAGGCAAGCUCCGCAACUAGUUACGGUAUUGAAGGAGAUGAAAGCAGGAUUGGAUACAGUGAGCUUAAAAGUACAAGCUUUAACCGCAAAGGUGAAAGCGGAUCACUUUCCAACAGCAGAUGGAAUAAGUUACCUUGAAACGAAGCAUCUGCUACUUCUGAAUUAUUGUCAAUCACUUGUCUAUUAUUUGCUCCGCAAGGCAAAAGGACUCUCAAUUGAAGGGCAUCCAGUAGUUCGGAGUCUGGUGGAGAUGAGAUUGUUUUUGGAGAAGAUUCGCCCCAUUGACAAGAAACUACAGUAUCAAAUUCAGAAGCUCACACGAGAUAGUGACACAGCUUCUGAGAAGUCAGUUAUAAGUGAGAAGGGAACAGAUACUCAGAAGGAGGACCUAUUGAAGUAUCGUCCAAAACCUGAUAUGCUUGUUAGUAAAACAAGUAACACUGCAGAGGAUGGUGUAUAUCGACCCCCCAAAUUUGCGCCUGCUUCUAUGGGCGAGGAGAAAAUGUCGAAGCAGGAGAGAAAUGAAUUGAGGAGGGAAAAAGAGAGAUUGCGAAAUGCUAAACAAAGCCCGUAUAUGAUAGAUUUGUUGAAUGAUCUUGAAGGAAGACCCGAAGAGGUAAGAGAAGUUGUUGGAUCUGAAAGUAGAGAACUCACAAACUACAUGGCUAAAAUGGAAGAACGUGCAAAAAGAGAAGAGGAGGCGUUUGAUCGUGCCCCACUUACAAAAUUGGAGAAAAAGAAAAUGAAACAUCUGAAGAAGUCAAGAAAUGGGUUGCUUGGGCUGACAGAUAGUUUCUAUGACGAGAUAAAAAGUUUGCCUUUAGGGGAACCUGUUUCUGAACAAUCAGAAAACUUUGAGAAAGGCGGCACUGAAAUCAAACAACAGAAGAAGCGUAAGAGGAGGAAUUGAUAUGACUGAGGUUCGAGUACAUCGAUAUCCACCAAUUUAGAGGCUUUAAGGUUGGAACGGUUAGGUGUUCCUUGGUCUCACGUAACAUGUGUACAACUUUGUCAUGAUAUUAAUUUUUGGGGCUUUCAUCGCUCUAAAAUCUUGCAUCGUAUUCAUUAUUGUUGUCAGCAGUGAUGACUGAAACCUAGAUGGAUAAUUGAAAGUUGCUUGCUGCAAGGCUGAAGUGCGCUAUGGCGGCUGUGGUUUGGUUCAACAUCUAAUUUCUUGAAAAGUAAGGGUCAGCUGAUAUGUAAAAUGAAGCCUCUUAUGGUAGUUGUAUUAUCAUCUUUCACAAAUCAAAAGGAAAUUGUACUCCUUUCUAAACAAUUCUUGUCGAUAGGGUAACCAGUUCUUUUUGGACGGUCUGAGCAAUAUAUUUUCAGGGUGAGCACCAAUUUUGGGCUUCAACUGUGGUGUAAGCUGUUAAUGAAGUGGAAAACUCAGUUUAGUGAUAGAUGUCAUGUCAUGAAUUUCUAUUUUUAAAAAAGUGAGAUUUAGCUUUAUUGCAAUGAGAUUUUCAGUAUCUUA